CAACAACUCCGCCAUUUUGAAAAUACGGCGUUUGGCUUCUGCUUGAUUCAUUCGGAUUAUCCAAAUAAUCUGCCCUACACAGGGCACUAUUUCAUGAUUUAGGAAACUAAACCAUAUAUAUAUAUAGUAUAUCAGCAGAUGUGAACAUUAUUUUUCCAAUAUGUCUAUUAUGUCAUAUAAUGGUUCGGCUGUUGUGGCCAUGAAAGGAAAAGACUGUGUUGCCAUAGCAGCAGAUCGAAGAUUUGGUAUCCAAGCACAGACAGUAUCUAUGGAUUUUCAAAAGAUAUUUGAAAUGGGACCAAGACUUUAUUUGGGUCUACCAGGACUUGCAACAGAUGUACAGACAGUGUCAAAUAGAUUGAAGUUUAGAUUAAAUUUAUACACACUAAGGGAAAAUAGAAAAAUUAAACCCAAAACAUUCAUGAGUAUGGUAUCUAAUCUGCUUUAUGAAAGAAGGUUUGGUCCGUAUUUUGUAGAACCCAUCAUAGCUGGGUUAGAACCAGAUACCUAUGAACCAUUCAUAUGUUCACUAGAUUUAAUUGGUUGUCCAAUGGUUCCAGAAGAUUUUGUUGUAGCAGGUACUAGUUCUGAACAAUUGUAUGGUAUGUGUGAAUCACUAUGGCUCCCUGAUAUGAAUUCUGAAGAAUUAUUUGAAACAGUGUCACAAGCUUUGUUAAAUGCCGUAGACAGAGAUGCAUUGGCUGGAUGGGGAGCUGUUGUUCAUAUUAUAGAAAAAGACAAAAUAACAACAAGAACGCUCAAAGCAAGAAUGGAUUAGACGAUGAUGCAAUUGGGACGUUGAAUAUGUAUUUCGAAAUUGACCUUGUACAUACAGUUUAGUGGAAUACCAAUGCCACAUUGUUUGACUAAACGCUGGAGAUCUGAAAAUUAAAAAAAUUACUCAAGGACUGUAUGUUUCUGAUUUUUUUUAGUUCAGGUUAUGCAGACACACUUAAUGCCAAGUAAUACCAAACCACAUGCUAUUUAUUGUGUUCAAUUAGAAGGCAUUUUCAAAUUCAUAAGACACUAUUGUAGUUUUUUGUACUGUAACUGCUGUUUUGGGUGAGAAUGCAAGAAAUAAAUGAAACCAAAGUACAUUUCACUACU